CUCAGUACGACCACAGCUAUGAUCCGGACUGUCUACAUAUCGAGCUUAUUGGUUGUGCUCUGCAGGUGUGAGUGCGUGAUCGAUCAUAGCUCCGACGAAAACAACUGGGAACAAAAACUGCAGAAGGACCUCAAAGCCAACUACGAUAUUUCGCAACCUCCCUUCGUCAAUAGGACCUUCGAAGUGAUGUCUUUCAUUGUUAUAGAUUCGUACGCCCUGGACAGCGGGAACGAUCGGUUCGAGGUGACCGGUUCUCUAAUCCUGAACUGGAUGGACGAUCGACUGCGCUGGAACCGCUCCGAAUACGCCGGCAUCGCUGACACGGUGAUGAGGAGCGCGAUGCUGUGGCUGCCGGGGUUCAGACAAGUCAAUGCAGUCGGCGCGGGAGACGAUGACGUUCCCUUCUACACUCUAUGUAGGGUAUCUUCAAGCGGCAAGGUCGAAUGUAAGCUUAAGUCCGUGUUCACUUCGAGAUGUCGGGUCGAUCUCCGAAACUGGCCGUUGGACGUACAGCAAUGUGAUUUGGAGUUCGGAGCUUGGAAAGGAGACAAAGUGUUGGUGCGAGUAAAAUUCCCGAAUCAAUUGUACAUCUCAGAGGUAACGUUGGAAACUCACUGGAGGUUAACGGACUGGGAGAUGAAACAUAGCAACGAGUCCGAGGUGCAGACCGUGUGGACCUACACGCUGGAGCGACAGACGAGGACUCUCGCCGCUAUUCUAGUGCUCCCCGCUGUGGUCCUCUCCCUGUUGUCAGCGUCGUGCUUCCUGGUGGACGUGAAAAGAACCAUUCGCUUGUUGUUGUGUUGUUUCAGUCACGGCUGCCACUACAGGUUCCUGUCUCAACUACAACAAUGUAUCCCUAAGCACGCCGAGGAUCCACCCGCCCUGCUGCUGCUGUACCGCGGCUCGCUCGUUGUCUCCGUGCUGCUGAUAAUGCUCAGUAUCGUAUUGCGAUGGACGGCGACUAAAGACACUGUGGUACCGCAGCCACUCAGCACUAUGAAUAAAGCCGUGAUGUGUAGUCGAUGGAAGAUGCUGAUCUGGCCACAGUGGCACAGUUCUUCAGAAAGCACAUGCAACAAAGAAUGGACACAUUUAGCUAAUACAAUGAAUAGUAUUGCGUUGGGUGUGACCUUUGUUGUUUACGCUAUCCUCUUUAUAUUGUUCCUACCUCGGUAGGCAUGCAAGGCAUUUCGUGUG